GGUAGAGUCGAGUGUGUCUAGAUGGCCCCGCGGCCAUCUUCAGGGGAACUAUGGGGCCUUCACCUCAUGCCCCCUAGGAUCCUGGUGGACUGCUGUCUGCCCAAUGGCAUGCUGGUUAGUCUGGAGUGUCUCAGAGAGGCGCCGCUCACGAACAUCAAACAACAGCUGUUCACAGAGGCCCGGAAAUACCCCCUGUACCACCUACUACAGGAGGAGUCGUGUUACAUCUUUGUGGGCGUGACCCAGGAGGCGGAGAGAGAGGAGUUUUAUGACGAGACGCGCCGUCUGUGUGACCUCCGACUUUUCCACCCCAUCCUCAAGGUCAUCGAACCGCUGGGCAACCGAGAGGAAAAAAUCCUCAACAGAGAGAUAGGUUUUGCCAUAGGCAUGCCCAUCUGUGAGUUUGAGCAGCUGAAGGACCCUGAGGUUCAGGACUUCAGAAGGAGCAUACUGGGCGUGUGCAGAGAGGCUAUGGAGGAGAGGGAAGGAGGCGGGGCUGAGACACAGGCCCUCUAUGUCUACCCCCCCAACGUGGAGUCAGCCCCCGAGCUGCCACAACACAUCUUCUGCAAACUGGACAAGGGUCGUCUGAUAGUCACUAUCUGGGUGAUUGUCUCUCCCUCCAACUCUAAACAGAAGUACACCCUAAAGAUCAGCCAUGACAGUCUGCCUGAACAACUUAUAGCAGAGGCCAUCAGGAAGAAGACUAGGUCUAUGCACCUGUCGGCCCAGCAGCUGAGGCUGUGUGUCCAGGAAUACCAGGGGCAGUACAUCCUGAAGGUCUGUGGAUGUGAUGAAUACCUGCUGGAGAAAUACCCCCUCAGUCAGUACAAGUAUAUCCGAAGCUGUAUAACGGUUGGCCGCCUGCCCCACCUGAUGUUAGUGUCAAAGGACAGUCUGUACAGCCAGCUCCCAGGCAGUGGGUUUGUAGCUCCCUCCUACAGUCGGCGGACCCCCCAGCCCAGCCCCUGUCCUGGGGGAGGAGAUCCCAGCUCACCUCGCUCCCUCUGGGCCUUCAACACCCUGCUGAGGGUCCGCCUGCUCUGUGCUACAUACGUCAACGUCAACAUCAGAGACAUUGACAAGAUAUAUGUUAGAACUGGUAUCUAUCAUGGAGGAGAGCCGCUGUGUGACAACGUCAACACCCAGAGAGUACCCUGCUCCAACCCCAGGUGGAAUGAGUGGCUGUCCUAUGACAUCUACAUGACGGACCUCCCUCACUCCGCCAGACUCUGUCUCUCCAUCUGCAGCGUCAAGGGACGCAAGGGAGCCAAAGAGGAGCACUGCCCGCUGGCGUGGGGCAACGUGAACUUGUUUGACUACAAAGACACGUUAGUGUGUGGAAAAGUAGCGCUCAGCCUGUGGCCAGUUCCUCACGGUUUAGAGGACCUGCUCAAUCCUAUAGGAGUGGCUGGAUCCAACCCUAACAAGGAAACUCCAUGUGUUGAACUAGAGUUCUCAUGGUCUCUUCUUCACCCUGUAGGAAACUCCAUAGAACUGGGCUACAACUACUGUCUGGUCAGAGAACUGGGCUACAACUACUGUCUAGGACUGAGCAGCAGGCUGGCGUGUGACAGUAGUGUUUCAGCGGCGGAUGGUGAGCAGCUCAGGUCUCUCUGUAGCAGAGACCCUCUCUAUGAGCUGUCUGAACAGGAGAAGGACUUUCUCUGGAGACACAGACAUUACUGUGUGAACAUUCCAGAGUCUCUUCCUAAGCUGCUGCUGUCAGUCAAAUGGAACUCUAGAGAUGAGUGGUCACAGAUGUACUGUUUAUUGCGUGACUGGCCCCUGAUGCAACCAGAGAGUGCCCUGGAGCUGUUGGACUGUAACUUUCCUGACCCCAUGGUUCGAGAGUUCGCCCUGCGUUGCCUCGUACAGGGCCUCACUGACGACAAGCUCAGCCAGUACCUUCUGCAGCUAGUACAGGUGUUGAAGUAUGAGAUGUACCUGGACAACCCUCUGGCCAGGUUCCUCAUUAAGAAGGCUCUGACUAACCAGAGGAUAGGACAUUUCUUCUUCUGGCAUCUAAAAUCAGAGAUGCACAAUAAGACUGUGUCCAGGAGGUUUGGUCUGCUGUUGGAAGCCUUCUGUAGAGCCUGUGGGAUGUACCUCAAACAUCUCAACAGACAGGUGGAAGCGAUGGAUAAACUGGUGAACCUCACAGACACACUGAAACAGGAGAAGAAAGAUGAGACACAGAAGACCCAGAUGAAGUUCCUGGUAGAACACAUGUCGAGGCCAGACUACAUGGAGUCUCUACAAGGCUUCGUCUCUCCACUGAACCCUGUUCACCAGCUAGGAAACCUCAGGUUAGAGGUCAUGAUAAUGUCUUCAGCGAAGCGUCCUCUGUGGCUGAACUGUGUUCUCUCCCUCCCCCAGGUUAGAGGGAAGCGUCCUCUGUGGCUGAACUGUGUUCUCUCCCUCCCCAGGCUAGAGGAGUGUAGGAUCAUGUCUUCUGCGAAGCGUCCUCUGUGGCUGAACUGUGUUCUCUCCCUCCCCAGGUUAGAGGAGUGCAGGAUCAUGUCUUCUGCGAAGCGUCCUCUGUGGCUGAACUGGGAUAACCCUGACAUCAUGAGUGAACUACUGUUUACUAACAACGAGGUCAUAUUCAAGAACGGAGAUGAUCUACGCCAGGACAUGUUGACUCUGCAGAUAAUUAAAAUAAUGGAGAAUAUCUGGCAGAACCAGGGUUUAGACCUAAGGAUGUUACCGUAUGGCUGUCUGUCUAUAGGGGACUGUGUGGGGCUGAUAGAGGUUGUGAAGAACAGCUACACCAUCAUGCAGAUCCAGUGUAAAGGAGGCCUGAAGGGGGCGCUGCAGUUCAACAGCCACACGCUGCACCACUGGAUCAAGGACAAGAACAGAGGAGAGGGGUAUGACCGAGCGAUUGACCUGUUCACCAGGUCCUGUGCAGGGUACUGCGUAGCCACCUUCAUCCUGGGUAUUGGAGACAGACACAACUCCAACAUCAUGGUUAAGGAGAACGGACAGCUGUUCCAUAUAGACUUUGGCCACUUCCUGGAUCAUAAGAAGAAGAAGUUUGGCUAUAAGAGAGAGAGAGUUCCCUUCGUUCUGACACAAGACUUCCUGAUUGUCAUCAGUAAGGGAGUCCAGGAGUGUACCAAGACCAAAGAGUUUGAGAGGUUCCAGGAGAUGUGUUACAAGGCGUACCUAUCCAUCCGACAGCAUGCCUCUCUGUUCAUCAACCUGUUCUCCCUGUUGCUGGGCUGUGGCAUGCCUGAACUACAGUCCUUUGAUGACAUUGCUUACCUGAGGAAGACCCUCGCUCUGGAGAAGAGCCAACAGGAGGCUCUGGAGUACUUCACCAAGCAAAUGAACGAUGCUCACCAUGGAGGAUGGACCACUAAGAUGGACUGGAUCUUCCACACCAUCAGACACAUGCCCAACGAACACUGACCCCCACACACACACACAGAGAGAGAGAGAGAGAGUCACACACACACAGAGAGAGAGAGAGAGAGAGUCACACACACAAAGAGAGAGAGAGUCACACACACAGAGUCCCAUUUGAUAUGAAGAUGCAAUAACCAGUAUGUUACUACCAACAGUAGCUAAAACAUUCUGACACACCUUCUCCUUCCCCCUCCCCUCCCAUAAACACACAUUCCCCCUCCCCUCCCAUGAACACACGUUCCCCCUCCCCUCCCAUAAACACACGUUCCCCUCCCCUCCCAUGAACACACG